CUUGUUUUCAGUGCUAGGUUCCCCGCUUUGGCGCCAUGGCAAGUCUCGAUGCCUUCCUCGUUCGGGCAUCCAGACUUCCACGUUUGGCUGCUAGGUCGUCCCAGGACCACCUUGCGCAUGCGGCGCAUGUGGCAGCUGCUGGGGAGCUGUUGCGGCAGGCAGUGGACCUGCUGGUGCAGCACCGGGAACGAGCCGCAGAGAUAGCGAUGGUAGCAAGUCGAUUGGGUGCUCUUGCAGAAGCAGCACCCCUCGAAGAGUUUGCCAAUGCUUUCGGGCAACUGGCACAUGAAAGUCUGCCAGAUGGAAAUUUUUCUAAAGAACAAGCACGAGAGGCACUUGCAGCUUAUGUGGCACUUGAAGGUCUUGGUGCACAUGUGAAUGGUCUUGGCUCAGCGCUACAAAUUGCUUCUCGCAUUGCUUCGCGAACGUCCACAGCUGUAUCGCUACUGGAACCGCAGGAGAUUUCGGCAGCCCUAGCCCGUCUUGCCGCCAGCAGGAGUUCAGCACAGCAGAGGAGCCAAGUGUCACAGGUAGCUUCUAUUUCCAAACCACCAAACGGUGCAUUUGAAGCAGCGGCUGCAGAUGUGGCACUUGCACUUCAGAAAAGUCUUCUCGCAAAGGGAGAGGCAUUAGGUGCGCUGAGUGCUCAAGAUCUUUGCAACGCUGUGGUAGGCUUGGCUCGGUCACCGUUGCUCGUGCCUGAUGCAGCCAUCGCCCUGGCUUCUGUGGCGCGCAGCCGAGUCUCCGAGCUUUCCAUUCCGUCUCUUCUGGACUUUUCGCGUGCGCUGGCAGAAUUAGCUGUUGUGCAGGGACCCCAGAGAAACCAAUUGGUGGAGUGCCUGCAUGAAACCUUUCCAUUGCUGGCAAGAGUGGCAAGCACUAGCCUGCAAGGCGAUUUUGACAAAGUGGGACUUUGCUUGUCUGGGUUGUCUCGAUUAGCAGCAAACCUGCCAGAAGAGUCCGCUGCUGCCUUUGCAAAGGAGAUCAUAUCUCCUGCUGCAGACCAAAUCUUGGAUGUUGUUUGCCAGGAUGAGGAUAUGCAGUUGUUGGAAGUGGGCGCUCCACUCCUGCAAUUGGAUAAGAAUGCUUGGACAAAGUUGCUCCGAUACUUGGCCCUGGAAGGCUUGCCAAAACUGCCAGCAACUCAGGAGUCGAACUCCCGAUUCAUUUCCAUUUUGGAGUGGGUUGCGUCGAAGGAUGAGCAGACUUUGAUUGAAUCAUGUCCGCCAUUGUUUGAUUUUGCCUUUCAGGAAUUAAGCCGUCGUAGGGAAAACCUCGACGCGGCAGCAGUAAGAAAAGCGACAAAGCUCCUUGCCAAUGUCCACCUUGAGCGCCCGGAUUUGUUGCCCUCCAGUGCCAUGGCCAUAGCAGUCCAUGGAGCAAGAGCUGAGGCCCAGCCUGCGGAGCUUGCUGAAGUCGCCCUCUAUUUGUCAGCCAUGGCCAAUCUUUACUUGCGUUUGUCAAUGAUGUCACCUGCCUCAUCCAACAAGAUAACAAACCAGGACGAGCAACAGCAUGAACCUCAAGGCUUGGCCUUGCAGCAGAUGGCACAAAGUUUUGUACUCUCAUCACGGACAGCUCAAGACCUUUUGACAUCGUCGAAUGCUGCUAGCGAUGCGGCCUUCUUGGCACUUUCGGCCUUUGCACAAGCAACAUGUCGCACCAGCCCCAAUGCAACAGUAUCAGUGGCAACCCAAAGUGCGCAACUUAUUGAAAUUGCUGGUUUGGACUAUUUGGAGGCACUUUGCAAAGUGCUACAGUUGAACCACGCAGAGAACACGCUUUCGAUGCAACAGGCUCACAUUUUUGUUACGUGCAUUCGUGGAUUUGGUACGAAAGGACCGCCACCGUCAUCCAUCCUUGCUGUGCUGGAAGAGGUGAUUCAACUGAUUCAACAAAGUUUGCUAGCUUCGGAUCAGAAGGAGGUUCGCCUUUGUUUGGCUGUUUUGCAAGAGCUUCAAUCAGACCCCGCUUGCCCACCUGCACUGAAGUCAUUGCUGGGAGCGCGCAUGCAAAGUUCUGCAGAACCAAGCAAUGAUGCUCGUGAGCGCUUGAGAGCUUCCAUGGCAUCGGAGAGUCCACCAACACCAAGCCCAGCUCCAGGUUUUUUGCGUCGAAUGUUCGGCUUCUGAGGCUUAAGCAAGAAAGGAAGACCAUCAAUCUUCUUGUUUGCACAUGCGUGCCUUCUCACACUUCCCCCGAAUUACCAAGUUGGACUCAGGCCCAAUUACUUGACACAGUGAUACGAAUGUGAGAAUGUGUAUGAGAAAGGGAUUGAAC